AUGAAGCUCCUCAAUACACUUAUUACGGCACUGGGCGCGAGCCUAUGCUGUGCUCGCACCCUCCAGAUUCGUGGUGGACGACCAUUCGACGUCAUCCAGAGUCCCCACGAGAGAGAUGUGCUUCAAGAUAUCGUGACGUGGGAUGAACACUCGUUGUUCAUAAAUGGAGAACGGGUCACGAUAUUCUCUGCAGAGAUACACCCGUUCCGACUCCCCGUGCCAAGCUUGUACCUGGAUCUGUUCCAGAAAGUCAAGGCGGCGGGAUUCAACAUGGUUUCGUUUUAUGUUGACUGGGCCUUGCUUGAGGGAAAGCCGGGUGAGUUUCGGUCUGAAGGCGUUUUGGCCAUUGAGCCGUUCAUCGAUGCUGCAAAGGAGGCGGGUAUCUUCCUCCUGGCUCGGCCUGGGCCAUACAUCAAUGCUGAAGCAUCUGGAGGCGGCUUUCCGGGCUGGCUGCAGAGGGUCAAGGGAACGCUCAGAACGAAUGCUUCGGAUUAUCUGAGUGCUACCGACAACUAUAUGGAACACAUUUGCUCCAUUAUUGCAAAAGCUCAAAUCACCAACGGUGGGCCGGUCAUCCUGUUCCAGCCUGAGAACGAGUAUAGUGCCGGUGAUGGUGUCCCCUUUCCCAGCCACGAGUACCUCAAGUAUGUGAACGACCAAGCCAGGAAUGCCGGCAUUGUGGUGCCUCUCAUCAACAACGACGCAUGGCAAGGUGGCACUGGCGCACCUGGGUCAGGGAUCGGAGCAGUAGAUAUCUACGGACAUGAUGGUUAUCCCGCAGGAUUUGACUGUGCCAACCCCCAUACCUGGCCUAAGGACGGCCUCCCAACAACAUGGCACGCAGAGCACAUGCAAAAGAGUCCCAAUACCCCAUACUCUAUCAUCGAGUUUCAAGGAGGCGCGUUCGAUCCUCCUGGAGGUGGAGGUUUCGAAAACUGCUACGUCCUCACCAACCACGAAUUUGCUCGCGUAUUCUACAAGAACAACCUUGCAGCGGGCGUCACAAUCUUCAACAUAUACAUGGCAAACCUUUGGUGGUACCAAUUGGGGAAACCUUGGACAUUGCGACGGCUACACAUCUUACGACUACGGCGCGGUAAGCUUGCAAGCGUCAAACUGGCUCAGAAACUCUCUAACUUCGUCAAGGCAAUCAAAGAGGACAGGUCCAUCGACCGGGAAAAGUACUCCGAGAUCAAGCUCCAGGGCCAAUUCUUGCGAGUCUCACCAAGCUACGCGACCGCAACGCCAGGUAACCUCUCCACGUCCCGAUACACUGACAAUGAGGAUAUUGCCGUUACUCCACUUACUACAGAGAAGCAAGGGUCUUUCUUUGUUGUGAGACAUGCGGACUUUACGAGCACCGAGUCAUCGUCCUACAAGCUCAAGAUACCAACUUCGGCCGAAACUCUGACGGUUCCCCAGUUGGGCGGCUCACUCUCACUGAACGGGAGAGAUUCUAAGAUUCAUGUGGUCGAUUAUGCUGUUGGAGAACAUUCAGUACUCUACUCGACGGCAGAGGUCUUGACUUGGAAGAAGUUUGGUGACAAAACGGUCCUCAUCCUCUACGGUGGCCCUGAUGAGCUUCAUGAGGUUGCUAUCAAAGGAAAAUCGGCCUUCAAGGUCAUCGAGGGCAGUGGUGUCAAGUCUGAUACCAAGAAGAAUGCCAGCAUCCUUCAAUGGAAGACAUCUUCGUCUCGACGGGUGGUCCAGCGGGAUUCACUCUUCAUCUACCUGCUAGAUCGAAACUCCGCAUACAAGUAUUGGGUACCGGAUUUGCCCGGGAAAGGCGACCGGGCCGCAUACGGAACCUCGGUGAUGAACCCUGACUCUGUCAUCAUCAACGGGCCACAGCUGGUUCGAUCAAUCUCAGUCCAAGGCUCCAAGCUGUCUGUUCAGGCAGACUUCAAUGUUUCUUCCACGCCAUUGGAGAUUAUCGGAGCUCCAAAGGGCGUUUCCAAGUUGAUCUUGAACGGCAAAGAGCUACGAUAUCAAAAGUCGAAGCUAGGAAACUGGAUCGCCCAGCGUGAUGUCGAACUCCCCACCAUCAAGGAAUUGGAUCUAUCUUCGCUGGAUUGGAACUAUGUUGACUCUCUUCCUGAGAUCAAGAAAGACUACAACGAUGGAAAAUGGCUUGUGGCCGAUAAGACCACGACCAACAACACACGGGUUCCCCUCCAAAACACGGUAUCUCUUUAUGGUUCUGACUACGGAUUCCACGCCGGUGCUCUCAUCUACAGGGGUCACUUUACUUCCGACGGCUCUGAAACACAGCUCAAACUAUGGACACAAGGCGGUCGCGCUUUUGCCACUGCAGUGUGGCUCGAUGACAAGUUCCUUGGCUCGUUCACCGGCAAUGGCGCUACCGGGAACUUCAACUCCACGUAUGAGCUACCGAAACUUCAAAAGGGAAAGCGAUAUGUCGUGACGGUGGUUGUUGAUAACACAGGUCUGAACGGAAACUGGACACCCGGCUACGAUGAACAAAAGAGCCCACGUGGUAUUCUGGACUGGGCACUCGUGACCAAGAAUGGUCGUGAAACUCCAGUCACCAAGUGGAAGCUUACGGGCAACUUGGGAGGUGAAGACUACGUGGACAAAUUCCGCGGUCCUCUUAAUGAGGGAGGUUUCUCCUUUGAGCGGCAAGGUUAUCACCUCCCGUCACCGCCGCUUAAACGCUUCAAGAAAGGUUCACCAUUCAAGGGCAUCGACAAAGCUGGAGUGGUAUUUUACACAGCAAAGCUUGGCCUGAACUACCCCUCCAGCCAAUUCGACAUUCCACUGUCGUUCACGUUCAAGAACUCGACUGAAAGCGGCCCGUAUCGCGCUCUCAUCUUUGUCAACGGCUUCCAGUUUGGACGCUAUGUGAGCAGUAUUGGUCCGCAGACGGUGUUCCCUGUCCCAGAAGGAGUUCUCAACUAUCAAGGAGACAACUGGAUUGGAGUAUCUAUUUGGGCGCUGGAGGACAAAGGUGCGAAAUUACCUGGACUGCGGCUUACUGCUGGUGCUCCCGUUCAGACUGGUCGACAGCCUGUCAAGCUAGUUCAGGGGCCAAAGUAUAGCCAACGCUCUGGAGCAUACUGA